UGAACCGUCACAAGCAGGGAAAACAAACUGAUGAUAAGAAGCUUUGAAAUACUUAACGUUGAGUGUUCACAGCUCUGUUAUUAUUAUUAUUAUUAUUAUUUUAUUGAACUAAACUAACGCAGCUUUGGCACCGUGAGGCUGCGCUGUCAGAAGCUAAUGUUAGCUGGAGCAGCGCUAGCGGAGGGAGCUGCCGCCCCUCUCCGCCUCACUGCGCCGUUUGUGGUUAGCAGAAGCAGCAGUUGUGCCACAUCUACAGCUACAGCUGGAGGGAUUUAACUUCAGAUUUCACCGGCAGAGAUUUCACACCGAGACGCCGAAGCCCUUCAACGUUAACUUUAUCUACGAAGACUCUUAAGGCGGUUCAGCAAAACUCAAGAAUGUAGCUGCAGCUAAAGAAGCAGUUCAGUGACCGCGAAUGCAGUCCCUGAGGAGUUUCAGCAGUCAACAGGAGUUCCAGCGUGACUUGUGUCUACCUCUGCUCUCUGGUGAAGUGGCCCUGUGGGUACCGUCGUUGCGUCAGGCAAGAUCUCGAGUGACCCGACUCUAAUCCAAGUCAAAGGGAGCACGAAGUUGCAGGCUUUCCUGCUCAGAUUGCAGCCAUGCUGGAAGAGGAUAUGGAAGUGGCCAUCAAGGUGGUGGUCGUGGGCAACGGCGCUGUAGGAAAGUCGAGCAUGAUCCAAAGAUACUGCAAGGGCAUUUUCACCAAGGACUACAAAAAGACCAUUGGUGUCGAUUUCCUGGAAAGGCAAAUAGUAGUAAAUGAUGAGGAUGUGAGGUUGAUGUUGUGGGACACUGCGGGUCAGGAGGAGUUUGAUGCCAUCACUAAAGCCUACUACCGAGGUGCUCAGGCCUGCGUGCUGGUCUUCUCCACCACUGACCGAGAGUCUUUCGAGGCCAUCAGCAGCUGGAGGGAGAAGGUGGAGAUGGAGGUUGGAGACAUUCCCACUGUUCUGGUGCAAAACAAAAUCGACCUACUGGAUGAUACAGUGAUUAAAAAUGAGGAAGCGGAGGGUCUCGCCAAGAAGCUGAAAUUAAGGUUUUAUCGAGCUUCUGUAAAAGAGGAUCUCAACGUCAAUGAAGUUUUUAAAUAUCUAGCAGAAAAAUAUCUACAGCGACUCAAGCAGCAGACAGCUGAGGAUCCAGAAGUUGUUCACACGUCAAGCAAUAAAAUAGGUGUCUUUAACACCACCAGCGGCAACCACCCCAACCAUAACUCCAGCGAUCUCAAUGGCCGUGAGGUCAUCAACCUGCGGCCAAACAAACAGAGGACUAAGAAGAAUAAAAUCCCUUUUGGUAGCUGCACACUUCUCUAGAAUGUCUCCUCUUCUACAGCAUGCCUCGACUGCCUUGUUGGGAGUGAUGAGCUGCCGGUGUGAUCCAGGUGACAUGGGACAUCAUUAACACUAAUCAGAGAAACAAGGCAACAUCUCCAUUUGAACGUGCUCCGUCCAGAGGAGGUCUUGCUUUUGCAUAAAGCUUUAACCUGGCUGACCUGUGGUCAUGUUAGUGGUUCCUGAUUGUUGUGGAGAAGUCUCAUGUCACGUGUGAUCAUAGCAGCAGGCUGAAUGUACUGUAACGGUCAAAUUGUGGGAACAAGCACACUCUGCUGGUGGCACAUGGUAACUUUGGUGGAUUGAGAAUAGCCUUAAAGGGAUGGUUCACCAGAAAAUCAAACUUAUAGUUUUGUCCUUUGCUUCUUACUAAUCAGUCAGCCAGAACGUGUUUGGUGUCUGAGGUUUGCUUCUUUAGUUCUGCUCUGGAGCUACGAGGCUAAUAGAAGGCAAAUAUCCCAUCAUUUUUUUAUGGAAAAGGAGAUGUUUGUGUUGUGGAUGCUUAGAGAAUUUGUACUUGUAUAUUCUAUACAAUUAAUCUGAUAUAAUACAGGGAGAUUCGAUUGAAAGAGAACCUGUAAUAACGCUUGCCAGGGCGAAGCAAUUUGAGCGAAACAACGUGCAGUGUGCUCCUCAGUAUUUCACUGAUGUCGGAAGAAAACCUUCUGUCCAAAAUUGUAGCUUUAACUUUACUGUUAAUGUAUGUCAAUGAACCAGACUUUUUUCCAAGUCAUUUUGGGUCCUUUCCUUCAUUCAUCAUGAAGAUUACACACAAUGUAAAGAGCAACAGUCAUUUUCAAAUUAUGCCAUAAACCAAAAAAAAGAUAAAAAUGGAUAUAUGAGCUUUUCUUAGCAGCAAUAUAUAGCUUUGAACAAGCCGGGAUGCCUCUGCGUUGGAGCAAUGAGGUAACCUCUGGGUAGAUACCGCUGUACCCCUGUACCCCUUCAUUUGUCUGGUAGAAAAUGGAGAUCACUUCCAGCAUCACAUGUAAUGAAAUCAGUUACGCAUACGUGAAGGUAUGUAAUGUAUUUUUUUUUGGUUCAGAUUGCUUCAUCCUAAAGGGAGUUACAACAGAAUAUUCGGGGCCUCUUUCGAGUGAAUCUCCCUGUAUAAACUAUCCUUCCAUCCAGUGUAAACCUCCAAAAAUGUGAAUGUCUAAAGUGACAAAUACUCAGAUUUUAUGCGGUGCUAUUGCUGACUGUUGGCUCUAAAUUCACCAGCGAUGACAUUGGUGAUGGCACAUGGACACAUUCUCUACUUGUGAGCAGCUGAGCGUAUUGCGUGUGGCAGAGCACCUCAAGUUGGGGGCCCGUUUGUCGGGCAGUAUAAGAAUCUCAGAAGGUGUAUCCCCACUUAGUAAUAUUUAAUUUUAUUCUGAAAAUUAAAUUAGAUUGACAGAUAUUAUUGAAUGUUAACAAAAUCAUGUACAAGCCAGUCACAAUUCACAACCCACUUAAAGGGCAACUCCACCAACCUCUAAAACCUUUUGCAUAAUUUAGUGAUUGAGAUGUAAACAGAAUCAUGCAGAGUGGUUUGAUAUGAAAUAGUUUAGUAUAGAAAAAGUUCUUACAGUGGUGGUGAUGGGAACCAGGGGUCGCUAUGACUAGAGCACGAAUUUAGCCAUUUUAUUUACUAUCCAAAAAUUUCUUUAGUGGUGGUGAAGGAACCAAGAGUUACAAAAACAAAUAUAACCAUUAUAUUUACUAUAUAACCAUUUCAUGUAAUAACUUUCAGUGAGGGAGCUUUUAGAGGUGGACGUCUGGUUCCUAUCAGCACCACUGUGAACAAUUCUGAAUUGUUUAGUACAGAGCAUCUCAUAUUGAACCACUCUGACCAGCUCUGUGUACAUCUUAACCAUUUAAUUAUGUGUAUACUUUUAAAAAUUGGGUCCUACUAUCCAGAGUUACCUGUAUUAUCACAGAAUGGCAACACGUCUCUUGUAUAUGCAGGUCAGCAAUAGCUAGCAAAGUGGACUAUGUUCUAGUAAGUAAUAGCAUAGAAGUAAUGACCAGGGAGUGAAGGUGGCAUUUACUGUCCACAAAGGGGGUUUAAGAAUAAAAAUAUUUGAGAGCUGCAGACAUAAGGAAUGUUAUGUAGUAGUGUCAGUGCAUAAGUCUUCUAGCCACUCCCAUCUCUGUACUUUAUAAUGAGAUUUCUUCUUCCAUAUGGCUGAUCAAUAAGCAUGAGGUAUCCUGUGCUGAUGUAAGACAUCCUGUUCCAGCAGUACUGUAGAUGUCCAUUGGUUCUUAGCUACAUUAGUCUUGUAGCACACUACAAAAGCAAACUGCAGACAGCAGAUAUAUCUUGGCUAACUAAGUAUGUUUGUGUAAAUUUGGCUACGUUCACAUUACAAGCCUCAUUGGUCAAAUCCGAUCUCUGUGACACGAUGGUUCACACUCGUUUAGGUCAGUGACUCAAAUCUGUCAUUAAUGUGAACAGUCCUGAAAUGACACAGCUUCAC